AUGGAAGCAUACUGCAACGUGGUGCGCCGCCUCGAAGACAAGUUCGACGGCCUCGAGCUCAACCACGUCGCACGCAAGUACAAUGAGGAUGCGGACGAGAUGGCCAAGAUCGUGUCUGGGCAGACCACCGUUCCCCUGAACGUGUUUGCCCAUGACCUCGCCAAGAUAUCCGUCGAUUUCAAGGAUCUUGCGGAGGCUAGCACUGCAACUGCCGAGUCCACGGCCGAGGACCCCUCGACGGUCGAGUCCGAGGCCAUGGAGAUGGAGACCGAGAUCUCCUCGGCGGACGAGGCCGAGGCAAUGCAAAUCGACGAGGCUCCGCUUUCGCGAGACUGGCGUGACCAAUACCUCGACUGGAUCAACCGAGGGGUAAUACCCUCAGAACGCGCUCAGGCGCAACGCAUCGCCAGGCGAGCCAAGUCUUUCAUCCUGAUCGAUGAUGAGCUAUACAAACGCAGCCCCUCGAGUGUUCUGCAAUGCUGCAUCCCCAUUCCUGAGGGCAGGGAACUGCUUCGGGACAUCCACGCCAGAGUUUGCGGACAUCAUGCGGCGCGCACACACCCUCGUGGGCAAUGGGUUCAGGCAGGGUUUUUACUGGCCCACAGCUAUUGCCGAUGCCACUGA